AAACAACGCAACGCAGCGCCAUUUUCUUCGUCACCGAUCGUAUAUACAGCGCCACAUUUCUCUCUCUUCCUGCGAAUUGCCGGGGCAGGUGGUUAAUCGAUCGAUUAUUCCCGAUUGAACAUGGCAGCGGUGGAGGAGUCGAGCAAUCUGUUCGUGGUCGACGAGGCGUAUGAGUUCUCGGCGCCGCGAUUUCAUGAUUUCAUGGCGGAGGAGACUGUUGAGGAGCUUCGCAGGGCGGAGCUGUGGUUCGAGAGCGCCCUCGCUUACGCCCCUUCUCCGUUUAUGCCUAGAAUCAGAUCUACCAGAACUGUUCAACAGAUUCUUUGCAAUUUCAAUGAGGAUGAGCAAAUUCAGAAGCCACCGAAAUCAUCUGAAAAUGCAUCGAAUUCUGCUCAAGAACCAGCUCCAAAAUCACUGAACCAGACACUAGAUAAAGUGAAGGUGAUUUCAGCUGAAACAACGGAGAAGACACCUGAUACAGAAAGCUCAUGCUCUCAGGAAAAGCAGAACAUUGCUAAAGGCAGCGGCCCGGUAUCCUCCUCCUCUGUCCCUAAAGAAGUUGCUGGACAAGGACCGGAGAUUUACUGCACUCCAGCACCACAAAAGCAGAGGGAUGAUAGGAAGCUUCAGACAGCAAAAAAGAUUGCUAGUAUGCUGAAAAAUCCUUCUGCGGUCAAUUCAAAGAAACAGUUGCCAAAAUCACAAGCCAAGAGUGCUAAACCUGCUAGUGUUAGGAGGGACGGUAAUAAGAACAUUGUUGGAACUCCCAGCUUUGCCCAUGAAAACCCUGCCAUAAAGAAGCAAAAGCUGGAUGGAGGAAAAUCUCGACAGAUUCUUGGAGUUAACAAACCUUCAAACCUUUCUCACAAAACAAGAACUGGAAUUGUUAGCAGCAGCACCUCCACCUUCUGCCCUGCAACUGCUAAAACUUGUAAAGAAGAUAGAAAGAUGUAUGUCCGAGAACCAGUAGCACCAUUUGUUUCUAUGGCGGAAAUGAUGAAGAAAUUCCAAUCAGGGACGAGAGAGAUGCCUUCGAUGCGUAGCAGCUGCUCUCUUUCUCAGAGCGAUGCUGCUGGAGCAACGCAGAGGAGGCAUAAGCUUGUGCUCACAAGGCCUAAAACACCUGAAUUUGAAACAUCUCAGCGCGUGCGUUCUGUUAAAAUCAAAAGCUCAGCAGAAAUCGAGGAAGAGAUGAUGGCUAAGCUUCCCAAGUUCAAGGCUCGUCCACUAAACAAAAAGAUCUUUGAGGCUGCAACUUUACCGCCAUUGCCAAGAAGCACACCACAGCUUCCGGAGUUCAAGGAAUUCCGUCUAGAAACAAUGUCAAGGGCCACUCAGAAUGCAGAAACAUCCUCUGUGGCUUCGGUUGAACCAACAGAGAGUCAUCUAUGGAAACCACGUCACCUUACUGCCCCGAGGUCACCUGCUCUUCAAACAUCUCUCCGAGCACGUCCUCCCAAGAUCAAGAGUUCCGAGGAGUUGGAGAAAGAGGAGCUUGAAAAUAUUUCACAUUUCAAGGCUAGACCAUUGAAUAGAAAGAUAUUUGAAAGCAAAGGGGAGAUGGGAAUGUUCUGCAACAUGAAGAAGCAAGUUACCAUUCCUCAGGAAUUUAAUUUUGCCAUAGAUAAAAGGAUCCCUCCACCAACUUCUGUGGUUGAUCUCUUCGACAAGCUUUCAAUAUGUUCAGAAUCUCAACGUGAGAAGCCUCUCACUAGAAACACUACACCAAACCCAUUCCAUCUCCACACAGAGGAAAGAGGGGCAGAGAAAGAGCGAAGGAUAGCUGCAGAACUCAUGCAGAAACAGUUAGAAGAGGAGAGGGCUAGGAUACCUAGAGCUCAUCCGUAUCCUUACACAACUGAUUUUCCUGUGAUUCCGCCAAAGCCAGAGGCAAAGCCAUGUACGAAACCAGAGCCAUUCGAAUUGGAAAGUUUGGUGAGGCAUGAACAGGAGAUGCAGAGAGAAAUGGAGGAAAGGAUGAGGAUGGAAAUGGAAGAAGCUGAGAGGAGAAGAUUCAAAGCCCAUCCUAUCUUGAAAGAGGACCCGAUUCCACUCCCGGAGAAGGAGCGAAAGCCCCUCACAGAGGUUCAAGGAUUCAAUCUACACCUCGUGAACAGGGCUGUUGAGAGAGCAGAAUUUGAUAAAAAGAUUAAGGAGACAGAAAUGGUCUACAAGAGAUACAGAGAGGAGACAGAAGCUGCAAGGAUGAUGGAGGAGGAGAAGGCCUUGAAACAGUUGAGGAGGACUAUGGUUCCUCAUGCAAGACCAGUACCUAAAUUCAACCACCCUUUCUUACCACAGAAGUCUACUAAAGACACCACAAAACCCAAGUCUCCAAAACUGCGUGUGGAUUAUAGGAAGGAGAAACGAAGGAUGGUCCCCUCUGGCAAAGCUUCGGGUGCAGCAGCAUGCUUUAUGAGGUGACCGGUGAUUGGUUGUGCAGUUUAAGUCACCUUGAACUAUAACCAUUAUUAUUUAUUAGGAUCGUGGGACGUUGGUUGCUCCAGUCCUACAAUCCUGUAUUAAUUUGUACAAGAGUGAUGCUAUUGUAAUACAAUACAAAUACUUCAUCUGAUCUAUUAUAGAAAUCAAAUUGCAAGAAGCCAA